CAUCAGAAUCACACAAGACUAUCACGCACCAAGAAAUUUUUUUAUUCUUGCUGCCCUCUCCUCUUUCCUUCAGAAGGACGACACAACAAGCUAUUACCACAAAGAACACCCGAUUAUACAAAACACAUUUAUUUGUUGAAUAGUAGUACUUGUUCUCUCUUACAUUUCCCACCUAAAAAGAUCUUUUGAUCUAAUUCCAUACCCUAUUUUCAUCGUCAUCAUUGCUCCUUCUCCUUUUUAAAAUUCCAUAACAAUUCCCUGUAGAAAUAACUUCUUGCUACAAUGAAUAAGAGAAAAUUUGAUGAAGAGGAAGUUCCUCAACAGGAAGACCCUCUUAAUUUUGUAGCGUUAGACUCCACUCUUAAUCCUGCACAAUUCCCAACAACAACAAUAACAACAACAGAAAAUUUAAUUUCCACCAAUACAAGUAACUUAACUUCCCAUCCAACCGACUCUUCCAAUCCUCAUCCCAACUCUGAUCAACUAACACCUAAAAAGAGAAAAAUUAAUAGUAUUUCUCCUAGUGAUUUAAAUCACAUUCACACAUUCACUCCAGACUCUACAACAUUGGAUUUUAGAAUUAUGAAUUUAAAAUCAGCUUCCAGUUCUGCACCAGAGGAUGAAGGUAUUCAUGAUCCGAAUAUACCUGAAAUAACAUCUUCAGUAAUGAAUGACGAUAGCAUCUUUUUUGAUAAUGAAUUAGAUGAAAGUCUUUACCUUUCUUCAGCAUUUUCUUCCACAGAACGUGAAGAAAUAAGAAUGCAAACAAAGAAAUUUAUUGAAAUUCAAAAAUUGAAUGAACAACAAUAUGUUCAACAUGCUGUUAAAUAUGUAAGAAGUAUUUCUGAAGUCAACAGAAUUAUCAAUGUUGGAGAAUGGUUCGGUACAGAAGAGCUAGAAGAAUCCUUUGUUCAGGGCAUUACACCCUCCCAAAGUCAAGAAAAUUUCAAAAUUCCACAAGUCUCCUUGAUGAAUGCAACAAAUCCAAAAGCUCAAAUUUCUUCAAUAACCACUCCAGAAAUUGUCUUUCUACCAAAGGUAUUCUCCUCUUUGAUAAAACCUCACCAGUUAGAAGGAAUUAGAUUUUGUUGGAGUCAUAUCAUCCUUCCUCCAAAUGAUACCCUUAGAGGAUGUAUCCUUGGUCACUCCAAUGGCCUAGGAAAAACAUUAACAGUUAUUGCUUUUUCCUAUCUCUUCCUCAAGUAUAAUAAGGGUAAGAAGAUUUUAAUCAUUUGUCCUCGUUCUGUUAUUCAAAACUGGGAAAGAGAAAUUUCUUCAUGGUUACAUUCACUAAGAUUGGAAUACAUUCCAUGUUAUGUACUUGACCAUGGUAAAGACUCUAGAGUUAGUAGGUUAGAAAAACUUCAAGAAUGGGAUUCAAAAGGAGGCAUUCUCUUGAUGUGUUUCACUUCAUUUUCAAGAUGGACCGAAACACAAUAUUCCAACAUUGAUUCCAAAAGCUGUCAAAAUAGAUUUGAUUUCGAAAAGAAGAUUUCUGACUAUUUAAGAGGAUGUGAUCUAGCAAUUGUAGAUGAAGGGCAUAGAUUGAAGAAUCCAAGCUCAUCAAUCAGCAAAGCUCUUUAUUGCAAUAUUCAAACAAGAAAUCGUAUUGUUUUGACAGGAGUUCCACCUCAAUUUGAUCUUAUGGAAUACUAUACCAUUUUAGAUUGGAUUAGACCUGGCUAUUGGUCCUUGAACGAAUUCAAACACUUGUUCAUUGAUCCUAUGAAUAAUCACUCAAUUGAAUCCAUCAAACAAAGAUAUUAUGUACUCAAACACGAAUUGAGCUAUUUUGUCCACCGAAAAGAUCAAUCAGUACUUAAAUCCUAUCUUCCACCAAAAAGAGAAUAUGUUAUUCAAUUCCAUCCUCAUGAUAUCCAAGUAUCACUUUAUAAUAACUUUAUACAAUCUAGAGACGGAGAUGAAAAGUGUAUAUACUAUGUUACUUGCAUGCUUCAAAAGAUCCUAAACCAUCCUGAUUGGGUAGUUGAUUAUUGCCAAGCUAAUAAUCCAAAAGACUCCAACACUUCAUCUAUCAAAUUAUUCUCAGAUGAAAGAUUGGACUUGGAGGGAAGCAAAUCCUCACAUGCUGACUUGAACUCCUAUUCAUUAAACACUGAGAUUUCUGAUGAAGAUAUGAGUGUUGCUCCAUCAAUCAGUAACACCAUGUUUAACAUGCUAGAAAAAGCUGAAAAGUACAAGGAUAGUUCAGAGAAUAUAGAAUGGGCUAGCCCUGUUCAUUCCAGAAGUUACAUUAUGAAUGCCAUCGAUCAUUCUCCAAAAAUGCUUUGCUUGAUUAGAAUGAUAGAGCAAUGUUUCUUAUCCAAUGAAAAGAUCCUAGUUUUUAGUCAAUAUCAAGAAACUCUAGAUAUUAUUGAGAGAAUAAUUAAUAAUGUUAAUAUCACUACAGGUUUACCAUUAGAAGACGAACAUCAACCACUUAAAAGAAAGCUCAAAAGAAAUUUGGAUUAUUAUAGAUUGGAUGAAUCAAUGUCAGUUUCACUUGGGCAAAGUGUUGUAGACUCAUUCAACUCAUCCAAUGAUGCACCUUUAUUAUUGAUCAGUACAAAAGUUGGUUCCUUAGGUAUUGACUUGUCUACUAGUCAAAAGAUUGUCUUGUAUGAUGUUUGUUGGGAUUCCUCUUGGGAUAAUCAAGCAGUAUUUAGAUCUUUCAGAUAUGGUCAAACAAAACCAGUUUCCAUCUAUAGAUUUGUCAUGUAUAAUACUAUUGAAAGCAAAAUAUUUGAAAAAUUGUGUACUAAAACCUCUCCAUUUAAGAAUCUAAGCGAGGAUAAAAAGGAUUUCCUCAACAAGGAUGACUUUGUUCCUUACACAAAACCUCCUUCCGAAAAUGUAACCAUUUCAAAAACUGACCAAUUACUUUCUAAUGUUUUGAACAGUGAUAUUAGAAUUUUGAAAUACCUUCGAUCAAUCUUUGAUUAUGAAAGUCUUUAUAUUGAAGCUAUAGAUGACAUGACAUCAAACGAACAAACAAAUUAUAAGAGUCGGUAUGAAUUGGACUUUUCUAACUAUACCACCAAAGAUAGGAAUAGAAACAAUUCUACAAGCGAGGAAGGUGACGAAAGCGAAGAAAGUGAACAGUAUGAAGAUGAAACAAGUUCAGAUUCAGAACAAUUCGAAAGUGAAGAAGAAGAAAUUGAAUAAAAUUUUAAUCACUAGUUUGUUCUUCUC